AUGAGGAGCGGCGGAGUGCAGGGGCUGUGUUCCAAAUCACACAGCUGGAGACUGUGGAGGGCGCGUCACACCGCCACCAUACCGAAGCGUGUGAAGAAUAAAGUGGGCAAGGCGGGGAAAGUAGUGGGGAAUAAAGUGGGCAAGGCAGGGAAAGUGGGGAAUAAAGUGGGCAAGGCGCGGAAAGUGGGGAAUAAAGUGGGGAAUAAAGUGGGCAGGGAAAGUGGGAAUAAAGUGGGCAAGGCGGGGAAUAAAGUGGGGAAUAAAGUGGGCAAGGCAGAGAAAGUGGGGAAUAAAGUGGGCAAGGCAGGGAAAGUGGGGAAUAAAGUGGGCAAGGCGGGGAAAGUGGGGAAUAAAGUGGGCAAGGCGGGGAAAGUGGGGAAUAAAGUGGGCAAGGCGGGGAAAGUGGGCAAGGCGGGGAAAGUGGGCAAGGCGGGGAAAGUGGGCAAGGCGGGGAAAGUGGGCAAGGCGGGGAAAGUGGGCAAUAAAGUGGGCAAGGCAGGGAAAGUGGGGAAUAAAGUGGGCAAGGCAGGGAAAGUGGGGAAUAAAGUGGGGAAUAAAGUGGGAAAGGCGGGGAAAGUGGGGAAUAAAGUGGGAAAGGCAGGGAAAGUGGGGAAUAAAGUGGGGAAUAAAGUGGGAAAGGCGGGGAAAGUGGGGAAUAAAGUGGGAAAGGCGGGGAAAGUGGGAAUAAAUGGGAAUAAAGUGGGCAAGGCGGAAGUGGGCAAGGCGGGGAAAGUGGGCAAGGCGGGGAAAGUGGGCAAGGCGGGGAAAGUGGGGAAUAAAGUGGGCAAGGCGGGGAAAGUGGGGAAUAAAGUGGGGAAUAAAGUGGGCAAGGCGGGGAAAGUGGGGAAUAAAGUGGGAAAGGCAGGGAAAGUGGGGAAUAAAGUGGUGAAUAAAGUGGGAAAGGCAGGGAAAGUGGGGAAUAAAGUGGGCAAGGCGGGGAAUAAAGUGGGGAAUAAAGUGGGCAAGGCAGAGAAAGUGGGGAAUAAAGUGGGCAAGGCAGGGAAAGUGGGGAAUAAAGUGGGCAAGGCAGGGAAAGUGGGGAAUAAAGUGGGCAAGGCGGGGAAAGUGGGGAAUAAAGUGGGCAAGGCGGGGAAAGUGGGGAAUAAAGUGGGCAAGGCGGGGAAAGUGGGCAAGGCGGGGAAAGUGGGCAAGGCGGGGAAAGUGGGGAAUAAAGUGGGCAAGGCAGGGAAAGUGGGGAAUAAAGUGGGCAAGGCAGGGAAAGUGGGGAAUAAAGUGGGGAAUAAAGUGGGAAAGGCGGGGAAAGUGGGGAAUAAAGUGGGAAAGGCAGGGAAAGUGGGGAAUAAAGUGGGGAAGAAAGUGGGGAAUAAAGUGGGGAAUAAAGUGGGGAAGGCGGGGAAAGUGGGGAAUAAAGUGGGAAAGGCGGGGAAAGCGGGGAAAGUGGGGAAUAAAGUGGGCAAGGCAGAGAAAGUGGGGAAUAAAGUGGGCAAGGCAGAGAAAGUGGGGAAUAAAGUGGGCAAGGCGGGGAAAGUGGGGAAUAAAGUGGGCAAGGCGGGGAAAGUGGGGAAUAAAGUGGGCAAGGCGGGGAAAGUGGGGAAUAAAGUGGGAAAGGCGGGGAAAGUGGGGAAUAAAGUGGGCAAGGCGGGGAAAGUGGGGAAUAAAGUGGGCAAGGCGGGGAAAGUGGGGAAUAAAGUGGGGAAUAAAGUGGGAAAGGCGGGGAAAGUGGGAAUAAAUGGGAAUAAAGUGGGCAAGGCGGAAGUGGGCAAGGCGGGGAAAGUGGGCAAGGCGGGGAAAGUGGGCAAGGCGGGGAAAGUGGGGAAUAAAGUGGGGAAUAAAGUGGGCAAGGCGGGGAAAGUGGGGAAUAAAGUGGGGAAUAAAGUGGGCAAGGCGGGGAAAGUGGGGAAUAAAGUGGGAAAGGCGGGGAAAGUGGGGAAUAAAGUGGGGAAAGUGGGGAAUAAAGUGGGCAAGGCGGGGAAAGUGGGCAAGGCGGGGAAAGUGGGGAAUAAAGUGGGCAAGGCGGGGAAAGUGGGGAAUAAAGUGGGGAAUAAAGUGGGAAAGGCGGGGAAAGUGGGAAUAAAUGGGAAAGGCGGGGAAAGUGGGAAUAAAGUGGGCAAGGCAGGGAACAAAGUGGGCAAGGCGGGGAAAGUGGGGAAUAAAGUGGGCAAGGCGGGGAAAGUGGGGAAUAAAGUGGGCAAGGCGGGGAAAGUGGGGAAUAAAGUGGGGAAUAAAGUGGGCAAGGCGGGGAAAGUGGGGAAUAAAGUGGGCAAGGCGGGGAAAGUGGGCAAGGCGGGGAAAGUGGGGAAUAAAGUGGGCAAGGCGGGGAAAGUGGGGAAUAAAGUGGGCAAGGCGGGGAAAGUGGGGAAUAAAGUGAGCAAGGCGGGGAAAGUGGGGAAUAAAGUGAGCAAGGCGGGGAAAGUGGGGAAUAAAGUGGGCAACAAAGUGAGCAACAAAGUGAGCAAGGCGGGGAAUAAAGUGGGGAAUAAAGUGGGCAAGGCAGAGAAAGUGGGGAAUAAAGUGGGCAAGGUGGGGAAUUAA